AUGUCGCAGUCGGGCAAGCCCGGCUGCUCGUCGGACGAGCCGCUCGGACGCUUCAACGAGCUGGUCAAGCUCAUCCACAGGGUCCAGCGCGAGCGCGGCGCAACCACCGCUUGGCUCGCGUCGCGAGGCCUGGGGUCGGUGAUGCCCGGCUCCUGCGGCGCGGGGUCCCUCGUCGUCGACCUGCGGCGCAGGACCGACUCGGUCGCGCUCAUAGCCGCGACACGGCUCGGCGCCGACACAGGGGGCAUGCUGCGGAAGCUCCGCGACCAGGCCGACAGCUCGUGCGGCGCGAGCCCGCGGGCGACGGCGCAGGCGCCCGCCCUCACGCCUCCCGAGCUCGCGCGCACCUUCUAUUCCGUCCACAACGGCUACUCGCGGCUGAUUGCCUCGCUGCUGACCCGCGCUCUCGGCGACGUCGAGCGGUCCGUGCUUCCGGACAUCGCGAUGCUCAAGGAGCAGUACGGGCAGCAGCGCGCCUUCAUCUCGGGGGUCGCCUUCCUCCCCGACGAGUCCCUCGCCGCCAUGCCCGCGCGCGCCAUCGGCAUGCUCCUCAAGACGGUCGAGCGGCAGAAUGAGCUGCGCGGCUCGCUGCGGCACAAGGUGGCGAGCAUGGCGCCCGAGGUGAGGCGGGCGGUGGACGAGGCGCUGGUGCUGCCGGACGAGAUCAGCCGGAUCGUCUCGGCGAUGGAGGACGAGCAGUUCGACCUCCUCAUGCUGCGAGACCUCAUCCAGUCCUGCGGCCGCGACGCUGCGCUCUGCGGCGAUGUCGGCACCAACGCCUGCAUCCAGGGGGUAAGCCAGGUGUGA